AUGAGCAUGGACCUCUCCGUGUUAGAUAUGCACAAAAAUCACUUUCAUGGGAACAUUCCAGCAACUUUUCCAGUAGGAAACAAACUGAGUACUCUGAAUUUGCGUGACAAUCAAUUAGAAGGAGCACUGCCAAAUUCUCUUUCGAAUUGUAAAGAAUUGAAAGUUCUCGAUCUUGGAAACAACAACUUUAGAUGGUUGGGAACUCUUCCAAAGUUGCAGGUACUAAGCUUGAGAUCCAACAAUUUGCAAGGCAACAUAAGAGUUCAAAAACUGUCAUUCUCUUCCCUGAGAAUCCUUGACCUUUCAAACAAUAACUUCACUGGGAGUUUGCCGGCAAGACUCUUCAACAAUCUCAGAGGGCUGGAACUUCAAAUGUUGAGAAUUCUGUCCGUCUUCACAACCAUUGAUCUCUCAAGUAACAACUUCCAGGGGCAGAUCCCACAAGUCAUUGGAGAUCUCAUCGCACUUCGAGGGCUAAACUUAUCUCAUAACAGCCUUCAAGGUCAAAUCUCAGAAGCAUGGCCAAAUUUAACUGUUCUUGAAUCAUUAGACCUGCCGGGGAACAAACUCGAUGGGGAUAUUUCCCAGCAACCUGCUGCUUUGUCUUAUCUUUCAGUUUUCAAUGUAUCUCACAACCAUCUUGUUGGUAACAUACCUAGAGGAAAGCAGUUUGGUACAUUUGAUAACCGUUGUUACACUGGAAACAGCGGAUUAUGUGGAUUUCCUCUGUCAGAAAGUUGUGGAACUAAUGAGUUGUCACAGCCAGUACCGCAACCGGAACUGGAUCAAGAAGAUAAUGAGGAAAUUUUCAGUGGAUUUACUUGGACAGCUGUUUUAAUCGGUUGUCGUUGUGGAAUGGCAAGGCCUACUGUCAUUUAUUCUGACAAGGAGCAGAAUAAAUAUGAAUCAUAA